GUGCACAACAAACACAGAAAGCAGUUCUAAGAUAAAGAGGGUUGGGCUUCGUCAGCCCCCACAGCUCUCAGACCACGAGCUUCAUUAAUGGCAGCUCAGGUCACAGACUGACCCUGAAGUCACUGCUGAUCCUCUGACCGCUCCAACAUGAUCCAGUACCUGCUUAUUCCUGUUCUUAUCCUCAAUAAUGUGGACUCACAAACAGCCAACAUGACUGAAGAAGAGUUGAGCAGAGUUUGGGUGAACAAAACAUUCAUAGAGUCCAACACCAACAUCACAGGUACAAUGGAACCAGUCAACUCAACAUCCAGUUUGUACAGAGAGGAGAAGACUUGGAUUGAGGAUAAACUGAAACACAACCAAACAUCUGUUAUCACAGAGGAUGAUGAGAAUUUCCAGGACCAAGAAAUUGUAAACACAGGCAGACAUUGCCUUGAGGACUGGCUGGAAAUAUACAGUCACAGUUAUUGUGGGCUAAUUUUUCAAAUGGAAAUGAUGAAAAUCAGCACAGAAGACAGAUGUGUGCUUGCCAACAUUAUCAGGCCAUACAACAACUUGACGCUAUGCUUGGAGGACCUGUCAAAUGGUUUCAGCUGUUAUUACCCAAACCCCACCAUCCAGGAGCUUUUCCUCACCAUCCACUCUAAGUUUUUCAUCAACUGCACUACAGAGAAGAUUCCCUUUGAGGAUGCACCUCAGGGGCUUGUGAUUGCCCUCACUCUCAUCCCUGUGAGCAUCAUCCCCGUACUGGUUUAUCUGGUGGUUUUCAAAAGCAAAGUCUAAGAGUAAGUCAUGUUAGACCAUCAUAAUGUCUGAGCCUAUUAGCUUUUAUCUGAGCUUAUGUAUGUGCCUUUGUCUGUUGCAUGUCGUUGGGUUUGUAUAUGAGGGAUUUUAAUUGGGCAUUUGGCUAUGUGCUGCAAUUGUGCAUCAUUGUCCUUAUGUUUUAAAUUGUGUUCAUGUCUUUUGUGUGCUUAUGUGCUAGUGUGUGUUUAAUUAUAAUGCUAUCAGCCUGUCAGUGACUGCAGAUGAAAAUGAGCCUUUAUGGAUAAAUAUGGCCCAUUUACAUGAUGGACUAAUUUUCCAAGGUUAAUUAUCUUAAAUAAAUAAAUACAAAUUAUGCUACGAUGAGAUUCAGCUCAGUACAUGUUAUCAUUUUGAGAAUAUGUUUAUUUUGUAUAAUGCAAUCUGGUAGGAUAUUAAAGGGUAAGUUAGGAAAGUUUGGCCUGAUUUUGACAAGCAACCAAAACCGGAUGAAUGUAAAUAUGUUUCUUGUCACAUGAUAUGCAGUACAUACAUGUAACUCGGGACACAGACAGAGAACCAUGACUCUGAAAAAAAGGGAUGUUGCCCUUGGGGUCUGCCUGUAUAUCUACAUUGAAUACAAAACACUUCCAGUAUUAAUACAUGCACCAUAAAUCCAACCCCUUAGAUGUGAAGAUAGAUCAAACUCUCCUUUUUUGUCUUGCCCUAUUUCAAAGAUAACAAAAACCUACCCAUCGACUCACACAUGUAUAUGUAUGCAUUAUAUCUUGCUUGUUUAAUUUGUACGAAGUCCAAUAUGGAGGUUAUGUGUGGCAAUAUCCAGUUAGUCACUCCCCACUGUCAAGACAUAACCCUGCAUAAAAACAAUAAUGGGUCAUUUCUAUUAUUUGGAAAGAACAAAGCUGAGAACACAGUAUUGCUAAAAAAAAAAAGACUGUAACCCGAAACAUUAAGAUUAAGACACGCUCAAGAACUGUGAAUCACAACUUUAACCACACACACACACACACACACACACACACACACACACACACACACACACACACACACACACACACACACACACCCUUCUUGAACCUGUAUGAACAAAAACAAAACACAAACGGUCAUAAUACUUGCUGUACUGUAUCAUGUCUGAAUCUCCUUGCAGAAAUGUCUGUACAUGUAUGAUAUUUGGAAUUUCUGUUUUCAGUAAAUAAAGUCUGAAAUAUAUACUUUAAGUUUA